AUGAAGAGCGGAGAGCAAUUGUAUUGUGAUGAUGAUGAUGAAGGAAAAAAAACUACAAAUGGGAAUUGUGAUGUACUAGGAAGAAGAAGAAGUAGUAGUUUAGAGAAUGAAAUUGAAGAAAUAGAAGAGGAACAGGGGACUAAUAUUAAUGGUUAUGUUCGGGCAAGUGAGUUGUUUGAGAUUGAUAAUAGAGGAGGGUUAGCAACAAUUAAAGAAGGUCAUGAUGUUGAAAGUAGUACUUUAUAUUCAUUUGAUUUCCAUAACAAUGGGAAUGUUGUUGUUUAUGUUGCUGUUGGGAAUAGUAGUAGUGCUAAUAAGAUUAGUAAGGAGACAAGUAUGGAUGCUCUUCUUUGGACACUCAAAAAUGUUGUGCUGGAUCCUCCUUCUACUAUUGUUUUCUUAAUUCAUAUCUAUCCUGAGACUAAGUACAUCCCUACUCCUUUGGGAUUGAUUCCAAUAGGUCAAGUGAGUGCAGAGCAAAAGGAGAACCACAUGGCUCAAGAAAGAGGCAAGAGGCGGCAGUUCCUUCAAAAGUAUUAUGAUGCAUGCGCUGCUACAAAGGUUAAAGUCGAUACCAUACUUAUAGAGAGCGAUACAGAAGCAAAAGCCAUACUGGACCUUAUGCCCAUCUGCAACAUAAGAAGGCUUAUCUUGGGCACCUCUAAAGCCAAUCUCAAGAAACUAAAGUCGAGAAAAGGUAGUGGAACAGCGGAUCAGAUACUACUAAAUGCACCUGAAUUCUGUGAGGUUAAGAUAAUAUGUGAAGGCAAGGAAAUGGUUGAGCUGCAGAUGUUUGAAUCUCCUUCUCCCAGAGCCACUACUGGUAAUAGUCCAAAGCCAAUUCAGAGUCAUACCGAAGAUCAAAAUCAAGUCCAGAAUGGAUCCUUCGGAUGUGGAUGCUUUAAAGCCAGAGUCUUCAACAAUCUGCAUUAGCAUCAAACCCAAAAUUCAAGGUUGGAUGUCAAUUUCAAGUUGAAGGACUUAGCAUAUCAUACAUAUGCAUGAAAGUCGGUAACUAUAUAUUGUAUAUCGAGAAACAAUUAAUAUACACACCAUCGUUGAUAUGUUCAAAAAGAUGUAAAGUUCUCUUUUUUACCCUGA